CACCUCAAAAUUAGGCCGAGGCUCCUCUCUCUAGCUUCAUAUUCAUCCCUCUCUCUAUCUCCCUCUUCCAUCAUCCGCUCCGCUACAACCAAUAAUGGAUCUCCAUCACCAAUCCAACCCCGUCAAGACAAAACAACUCCACAGCUUCCAAGUCUCCCCGCCGGCGGGAUCCCUCGACCCUUCCGCCGCCUCUCUUCCAAUAACCUUCUUCGACGUCAUGUGGCUCAACUCCCGCCCCAUGCGCCGCCUCUUCUUCUAUGACUUCCCCUACCCGACCCUCCACUUCACCCAAUCCACCCUCCCCCUCCUCCGUCGCUCCCUCUCCCUAGCCCUCCACCGCUUCUUCCCUCUCGCCGGCAGCCUCGUCGUUCCUCCGCCGCCUCAGCUCCCCUUCCUCUGCUUCUCCCCUGCCUCCGACUCUGUUCCGCUCACCAUCGCGGAGGCAGAGUCCGACGUCGAUUACGAGCCGUUGAUCGGGAACCAGCCCAGGGACGUGAGGGAAUUCCAUCCGUUGGUGCCGGAGAUGAAUCCGGUGAAGGUUCGGUCCGAGGACGGCGCGAGAUUGUCGCCGCUAUUGGCGGUGCAGGUUACGGUUUUCCCCAACAGGGGAUUGUGCAUCGGGGUUCAGUUCCACCAUGUGGCUGCGGACGGCAUGGCUUUCCACUGCUUCAUGAAGUUGUGGGCCGCUCUGCUCCGAUCGGGCGCUACUGGUGGUGAUGUUGGCACUUGUGAUCAGCUUACCCUGCCGGCUGAUCACCUCCAACACAGGUUUGGUUUUUCGCUAAUUGAAAAGGCUUCGCUUCCUAAUCAGUUCGGGUUGGAUUGAUUGGUACGAAUAGAAAGCUUUGGUCAGUCAAUCGGACCAAAUUUGGUUACCUAGCUCUUGCAUUAGUUGCAUAGAAAUUUGUCAAUAAAACUUAGCGGAUUAUUUAUAUUUUUGUUUUUGUUUUGAGAUUAAAAAAUUAUUAAAAAAAUUAGAUUAAUUAUUCUCUUUAAAAUUGAAAAUUUUUUGAAGCAAAAAUUAAAACAUUAUUUAAGAUAUGUUUUGGUAUUGUAUAGCAUCAUAGUUUAUUUUUGUGUGCAAAAUAUGAUAUUGUGAUAGUAUAAAAAUGUAUCAUGAUAGAAAGAAUGUAUCAAAAUAGAAAAAAAUUGUAUCAUGAUAGAAAGAAUGGGAAAAGUUCUCGUCACGUUAGGUGACAAAACACCUACUAACAGUUUAAUCACGUAUUUUUGUGAUUAUUCACACCAUUUAAUGUGUAUUUACGUAAUACUAUGCUUAUUCACGUAAGAAUGUCAGUUAUUUACGUAAGUGAAAAAUUAGACUUUUUCCCUUAAUAAUUUGUAUUGGGUAUAUUUUAUGGAAUUAAAUUUGGAUUCUCAAUUAAUUUGUAAAAAUAUGCUGCAUUGAUCAUAAUCUACACAAUGACAUCCAUUUUGAUAUAUUUCAAAGUUUAAAAUUUAAUUUUACAAUAGCGUGAAUAAAUAACAAUAUAUGUGAAUAAAUACCAGGUUGCGUGACUAAACAAUAUUGGUUGCGUGAAUAACGCCAAUAUACCGUGAAUAACGCCAAUAUGACUUGAAUAAAUGAAAAAAUGCGUGAAUUAUGUGUUUUUGUCACCUAACGUUGACAAGAGACUUGAUUCGAAAGAAUAUACUAGGGUGUUAAUUUGUAAUAUAUACAAUGGAAAAGAUUUGGUGAUUAAAGAGGUGUUGUGUCGUGGACUAUGCUUCUUCUUAUGUUCAGAUUAAUUAAGUUAAACCAUAUUAGAUCUAUGGAUAAAUUAAAGGAAAAAGUGUUUUAAUUCUAUUCCUUCUCCUCCUUUUCUUCCUCCAUCCUCUCCGGUUGCACAUGCCUCUCACUCGCAUUCCCACCAUUUUGUCCCUCUUUGGAUCGAGUGAGAAAAUGGCCAAGUAAAAAAUUUGUUUUUCUCUUCUCACACUAGUACUCUAAUUUUUCAUUUCACAAUUGCUAUCAUUACCGUUUUAAAGUAAUAUAUUUAAAUAAUAAUAAUAAUAAUUUUAGUGUUUGUAA